AAGUUUUUUCGUAAAAAUGGUGGCAAUUGGCAUCGAUUUGGGUACAACGUAUUCGUGUGUGGCGGUAUGGCGUGCAGGUACAGCGGAGGUUAUAGCGAACGACCAAGGAAAUCGAACUACGCCUUCGUACGUCGCUUUUACACCCACCGAUCGCCUCAUCGGCGAACCGGCGAAAAACCAAGCACCUUUCAAUCCUUGGAACACAGUUUUUGGCGCGAAACGACUCAUCGGACGGCGAUUCGACGAUGUUGGAGUCCAAAUGGAUUUACGACAUUGGCCGUUCCAUGUUACGGACGAAAACGGUAAGCCAAAGAUUCUAGUUGAGCAUAGAGGGAAGAAAAAGAAGUUUGCGCCCGAAGAAAUUAGCAGUAUGGUGUUAUAUAGGAUGAAACAAGUGGCAGAAGCGUAUUUAGGUGCUAAAGUUGAUAAGGCAGUGAUUACAGUUCCAGCUUAUUUCAACGAUUCUCAGAGACAAGCGACUAGGGCAGCAGCGACUAUAGCCGGUUUAGAAGUUUUAAGGAUAACGAACGAGCCUACAGCGGCGGCAUUGGCGUAUGGGAUCGAAAGAGACUUGGGAAACGAGAAGAAUGUCCUGAUUUUCGACUUAGGUGGAGGUACUCUUGAUGUUUCGAUACUAAGUAUAGGAGAAAACACAGAAGGGUCCAUCUAUGAGGUCAAAGCAACAGCUGGGAAUACAAGACUUGGCGGCGAGGACUUCGAUAACAGAUUAGUGGCUUAUUUCGCUGAAGAUUUCCGAAAGAAGUACGGGACAGAGAUCCUAGGCAAUGCGAGAGCUACACGGCGAUUGAAAGCGGCUUCGGAAAGGGCUAAAAGGUUUUUGGCAUCUGCUUCAGAGGCUACCGUCGAGGUGCAGAGCCUCUGCGACGGGAUAGACUACCAGGGGAAGAUCAGCAAGGCUUUAUUUGAGGAGCUAUGCUCAGAUCUGUUCAUAGAUACCUUGGAGCCUGUGGAGCAGGCGCUGGAGGAUGCUAAGAUGAAAAAAAGCGAUAUACAGGACAUCAUACUCAUAGGCGGGAGCACGAGGAUGCCUAAAAUACGGAAGAUGCUCAGCGAUUACUUCGACGGACGCACUCUCACUACCUCUAUUAACCCUGACGAAGCCGUUGCGUUAGGCGCUGCGAUCCAAGCAGCGAUUCUAAGCGGAGAACAUCAUGAGAAGAUCAACGAUUUGCUACUAGUCGACGUCGUGCCAUUGUCUCUGGGAGUGGAAACUUCUAGAGGGUUAAUGUACAAAGUGAUCCAACGGAACACUACCAUACCAUGCUCUAACACCAAAGAUUUGACCACUUUAGAAGACUACCAAAGCAGUAUGACCAUUGAGGUCUUUGAGGGCGAAAGGAGCUUGACUAAGGACAACAAUCUGCUGGGCGUUUUCGAACUGAAUGGCAUACCUCCAGCUCCUCGAGGCAUCGCUAAGAUAUACGUGACGUUUGACAUCGAUGUGAACGGUAUAUUGACAGUUACAGCUCAGGAUAGAAGCACAGGGAAUUCGAAGCAGAUCGUGAUAACAAAUGAGCAUAGGUUGAAGCAGCAGGAGAUAAAUAAGAUGAUCGCUGAUGCUGAGAAGUUCAGAGAGGAAGACAGAGAAAGGAAGCUUUGUUUAGAAGCUAGAAACCAGUUGGAGAGCUACAUUUAUGGAGUGAAACAGAUUGUAACAGAACGAGGAGAGAAACUAACCGACGAUGAGAAAUCUACCAUGUUCAAUGCAUGUGAAGAAGCUAUAACUUGGUUGGAUCUUAACACAGAUUGUCUCAGAGAAGAGUAUGAGAGGAAAUUGACUGAGCUGAUGAAGAGUUGGUCGCCCAUCAUGCAGAAGUACUAUGAUCAGAGCUGGAGGCAUAGAAGGAAGAGGAUGAAAAGUGGUAGCUACACGAUAGAAUUAGAUGAGCAUGAGUUUGCAGCUAUAAAGCAGUUACAGGCUACUGGAAUGGCUCCAGUCGCAGGAAAUUCUAAAAAUAGUAAGAAUUCUGAAGCAGUUAAAGAAACUGAACCUUUUGGAGAAGUUGGUACGUCUACAGUGUUUCUAUCAUCUGAAGUUACACCACCAUCUGCAGUGUCUGAACAGUUUGGAUUGUCUGCAGUUGCUGAACCUUCGGGAACAUCUCCAACUUCUAGUCCUGGAACGUCUGGUACAUCCUAAUUUGGUUAUUUUACGACAGAAUGCUCAGUUUUUGGUAAGACAAUGAUUUUCGUCUCAAUAGACAGGUAAUCGCUAGUGGCGCCAACUAGUGAGCAUAAAUACGUGUAAAAAAGACAAGUUUGUGAUAUGAAGAUAUAGUUAUUUUUGUUACUGGAAAUCUCGAGAAAGCCAAGUCUAAGCUAAAAAGUAAAGAAAUAAGGCUAAUAUUUUGAAUUAACAUGUUCCUUUGUCGGAAACUUGUGGCUGUGCGAUACACAAACAAUAAAAUAAAUAAUUAAGUAGAUUUUAAUAGAAGUUGACGAUUUUUCCUAUUUUUCACGAUAGAAUAUUUGACUAACUUUAUUUUCUUAGCUAAAGAAAAU